AUCACCCCGCCAAAGACCAUAUAUUUGCUCACUCACUGUUUCCCUUUACACCUUUGCCACAAACAACUACUCACCUACCUAGGUACAUAAAGGGACGAAAAGGUCUAAGUUGAUGGGUUGCUAUCCGGCCAGUUCUCGCAUGCAAUCUCAGGUUCAGCUAGUUUUAGUCGUCGAAGAAUCUUGACCCCUGGAUCAUUACAUCAAACGGCGAUCAUGGCAAUUACGGUGCAAAGGGAAACCAAAGCACACCAACAAGAAGACAUCCCAGUUUAUCAGACCAUCGCGCCUAGUAUAUUCGUACCUGCAAAUAUGGAUCUUACCAAACCGCCACCAGAUCCGCCCACAGAUCCCAUCGAGCUGUCCUCAGAGACGCGUGCCUGGAUUGAUCGUCACGCGGAUGCCGUCCAAGAUAACAUAUACUAUAUGCUCAACCGCGAAAAGACUCGCAUCCGUCGGGAAUGUCAACAACAUGAAUACAACCUCCCUCGAUACCUAAAAGCGGUCCCGGGAUUAACGGAGGAAGAAGAACGCGCGCUUCCCGACAACAGCCAGGAACUUGAUGAGAUCUUCUUCAUCCGAUCAUUUUGUCCCGAGCCAAAGAGAGGCCCGUACGAAGUACCACCAAAUUUCACGCACGAGCAUUGUCAACAUAUUGAGACGGCUGGUCGGUUUGGAGAACCCCCGCGCAAGUCUGCCGAGAAGAUGCUGAUGAACUUAACGAAGCAUGGAAUCAUGACACUUGAGGCGCUUGCGCAGCAUGUUGAGAAUGAGAAGGAUAAGAAGACUAAGGAGAUUAAAAGUAAUGCGAAGUCGACCACUGUUUCGCCUGAGGAUAUGAUGGAAAUUGAUGGGUAGCAGUCGGAAUUUGAACGUAUACAUGUACAGCAGUAGUUAUACUUAAUGGCCGGUUACUAAUUAAUUAUUACUUUAUUAUCUCCAAUUAUUCUAUAUUCCACCUUGCGCGAUUGAUGGCUCGGGAUAUUCAGUCGAAGGGGUUCGUCCGAUUUCCCAGGGCUUUGGUGGCGCUGUGAGACGUCCGUGAGCGGUAAUUGACGGAUCUUCGAUCACGGUAUCGGGGAUUUGCCGAAUCCCAGGUAUUGGUUUGCCACUCUGUAAAAAUUCAACUAUUUCCUCGAAUUUCUUAGGAUAGGGUUCCUUGCCGGGUUCUGUUGAUGUUGGAUCUCU